AUGUCAUCGACAUCGACAUCGUUGGCGUCACCACCACCUCCGCCCUCGUCCUCCCAGACCACCCAGUACGACCAGAUCGGCCUAUCGUACGAGUCCAUGAAACGGAUCCCCGGCGCGGCGCUUGAGCGCAACAACCUGCGCGCCACCAUCGUGCCGUACCUCACGCUCCCACCUCGACCGGGGGACGGCCCGGGCGGCCGCGGCGCCGCGGUGCUCGACCUCGCGUGUGGCACGGGCUACUAUUCGCGGCUGCUGUUCGAGUGGGCGUCCCCGCGCCGCGUCGUCGGCGUCGAUAUCUCCCCAGCCAUGGUAGCCGCGGCGGAGCGCUCGGCCGCGGACCUGGAGGCGUUCAGACAGGGCCGCUUAACGUUCGCGGUCGGCGACGCCACGCAGCCUCUCCCACCAACAGCAGCCACCUUCUCAGAUGACGACGGGUCUUCUUCCCCUUCGUCGGGGUCGGCGCCGGGGCCGUUAUUCGACGUGGUGCUGGGCGCGUGGCUCCUGAACUACGCCUCGUCGACGACGGAGAUGGCGCGGAUGUUCGCCAACGUCGCCGCCGCGCUACGUCCGGGCGGCCACUUCGUCGCGAUCACGCCCCACCCGGCCGCCGACCUGGACGAGUUCGCGGCGUUCCACGGCACGGCGGCGGCGCAGGCCGAGAUGCGCCGCUUCGGCGUGUCCAUCGCGUACCGCACGCCGCCGCUCGCGUCGGGUGAGGGCUUCCGCACGCGCGUCACCGCGCACGUGCAGCCGCAGGAGAUCACCUUCGACAAUUUCCACCUCCGCCGGCACGUCUACGAGGACGCCGCGCGCCGGGGCGGCAUGCAGGGCGAGUGGAAAUGGGUGCCGGUCCGGUUGCCGGGGAGUGACGAGGAGAGCCGUGCCCAGUACGGCGUCGGCAUCGAGUAUUGGGAGGGGUGUGUGGAGAGGCCGCACUUUGGGAUCCUGGUGGUGGAGAAGUGA